CGGUGUGGAAAGGGCCCCUCCUUGGCAUGGGUCGGGGCCGCUCUGGCUCCUCCCGGGGGGUUCGAGCCCCACAAAUUGUCUUCAGUGGGCAAAGUCCGCCCCGCUGGAGCCCCCGUUAUCCCCUCAGGUCUGCACACUGCGCUCGUAACUGCAGCGUCUGAGCCGAGUGGGGGCUUGUUCGGGCAGAAGGGGCCAGUGCCUGCUGCACCCCGCGGGGAGAGCUGCCUGCCUUGGACAAACCGGGCGUGUUUCUGUGCCCUUGGGAGCAUCUUCAUGCGAGAAGCACCCCCGUCUCUGUUACCCCAUAAACUAGCCAGCCCUGCCACACCCCUGUACGUAGGGUGACCAGAUGUCCCGUUUUGAAAGGGACAGUCCCGUUUUGGGGGACUUUUUCUUAUAUAGGCGCCUAUUAACCCCCAUUUCCUGUCCCAUUUUUCACAGUUGCUAUCUGGUCACCCUACCUGUAUGCCCUGCCUGAGCCUUACCCAUGGGCCUUGCAGCAUGCCCCGCCCGCAGUCUAAAGCUUUGGGUUCUUUCAGUUCAAAGGGAGAGCUGCCCACGUUAGCUCAUAGGAGAUGUGGGGCAAGGGGAGUGUGAUGAACCCCAUUCUCUUAGGGUUUGGCAUCUAUCUGCUGGUGAUCCACCAACCAGGGGGAUAUAGGCAGCUUGUGACCACACCUGCCUUGUGAUCAGGCCGCACAAACUGCUUAGGCAGCCCAAUACUUAACUCCACAAAACAGCUGGGUGGGAGAGGAGGAUCAGCAGUUUUAUCAUCUUUACCACAGUGGUUAAACUUAGAGCACCCACCUGGGGUGCAUGUGGUAGACCCCAGGCUUCAGCACCUCCUCUGCAUGACAAGGAGACGUGAACAGGAAUCUGCCACCUCACAGGAGGAGGGCUGGAUCAAUAGCGCUCCUGAUAUAGAGGGAGUUAGGGCAGAAGCAAGAUUAUUGUGACGCCUUGUUAGGGAUGCAUAGCAAAGCUGUGAUGCAAGUUUAUCUAUGAAGCCCUGGGAAGAGGUCCAGAAAGAAUUUGGGGAGCCCACACACAAGGAUGUGAAGAGCUGAAUGGCCUUCAGACCUCAGAAGGGGAGUGGCAUUUGAUUCAUCAAAAGAAGGAAAACUGAGGCAUAGCAGCAUACUCACCCAGAGAGGUACAGCAAUCCUGUGACAGUCUCUUAUUGUCUAAUAUUAUAUAACUACAUUUGUAAAUGCUCAGAUUAUACCAACUAAAAACACUGGGAUCAGCCAUGUCACCUGAUAGCUAUGUUAUCAUGUCAGUUACAGCGGAUACUAUUUUUAAAAGAUCAAACAACAUAGUGCCCAAAGCAAUUCUUAUGACUAAAUUCCACCAUACGGAAUGGUAUUCUUUUUCAGGAGGAAGAUGCACACUUUGAUUUAAGUAUGUUCUUUCUUUAGGCCUUCUCAAUAUUCUGUUGAAUAAAUGCUGCUUGAAAAAUAAGUGAAUAGUGAUCCACUUUGCUUUCUGAUUUUUCUACUUAAGUUCCAGAUUCUGAUGUUAUCUGAGGUGAUUUUUUCCCCUUCUGUUCACCAAGCUUCAUCUCCCCCAGAUCAGAUUGCUGUACUCUGCUGAUCUCACAUCUUUCUCCCUGCUCCCACCCUUGAGUAAAAUAUAAGCCCAUGGCUGCAGUCCUGGCCUGUGUAAAUUUUAUUUAAGUUCAAAGACUUUUUAUUACCAUAUAGGAUUUUGAAACAAAGUAGAAUUCUAAAGCUUGCUUUAUUGAUAUGUAAAUACCAAAAAUGCUAUUCCAUCUUGCAGCUGGAUCAGGCUGGUCUCUGAGCUUUGGUAACAAACUGGAAGGCUUAGGCAUUGUCUGUGGAUGCGGUCUUUUCUGUAUGUAGGCAUGUGAGAACUGUGAAAAUUUUCCUUAACUUCUACCAUCUAGAACCUAACUGAAGCCCUGUGACAUUCGACUUACCCUACAGUGCAUAACCUUUAAUUGACAAGUUAUUCAAAUAGCAUUCGUUUUUUGUAAAUAAUAAUCAUACUUAUUGUAAGCGGUGGAUGAGUAAACCUCGUGCCUGGGCUGGUAAAUUUUCAUAACUUUGGAAGGAUGUUUUAUUGUGCUGGAAUUAAGUAAUAUAAUAUAUUAGCAGCUCUGACAUAUAUGAAGAUGUAGAUUAAAUUAACAAUGUCCUGCAAACAACAAUUUGGUGGUAGUCAUGCUAGUAGUCCAGGACAGUCAAUGACAAAGUAGAAAUCAAUAUCCCAUCAAAUUUCAAUACCAUUGAAAAUGAGACUUUGACUUGGUACUGCAUGGCAUUUUGAUUUUAAAAAAUCAGAAAGAUAUCAAAUGAACAUGACACAUUACUGUUACAUCAGUUAGCUAUUUUUAAAUCCAUUUUAUCAUAUGGUAAUUGUAAAUGAGGAAUCAUCAUUGAAUGGAUGUGUUCCUCUAGUGAAAUCCAGCAGGGGUUGGUUCUUGGCCCUAUGCUAUUUAAUAUUAAUAACCUGGAAAAAAACAAUCACUGAAACUUUGCAGAUGACACCGGAAUUGGGGGACUGAUAAUUAAUGAAGACAGGUCACUGACACAGAGAGAUCUGGAUCGCCUGGCAGCUGCCUUUCCAUCAAGCUGGAAGACAAGCAGUUUUGCGUGGACCAAGUAGUUCUUCUGACAUCACAAGCCAUGCAUCCAUCUGUCUAUCUUAGCUUUUGACCUUACUUGGACUGCUGUGGCCCCUGCCUGUGCAGAAUGGACCCUGUUGUUCUGAGUUAUGUGGACAGUUUGCUGAGGCAGUCGGAUGUUUCCUUGCUGGAUCCCCCCAGCUGGCUUAAUGACCACAUCAUUGGGUUUGCUUUUGAGUACUUUGCUAGUGACCAGUUCCAAGACUUUUCCGAACAAGUAUGCUUUGUCAGCCCUGAAGUGGCUCAGUUCAUCAAGUGUGCCACCAGCCAGGAGGAAGUAGCCAUGUUCCUGAAGCCGCUGGGCCUCCCGCACAAGGAGGUUGUGUUCCUGGCCAUCAAUGAUAACUCCAACCAGGCUGCUGGGGGCACCCAUUGGAGCCUCUUGGUUUACUUCCGGGACAAAAACUGCUUUGCCCAUUAUGACUCCCACAGUAAGAGCAACUCUGCCCAUGCCAAGCUGGUGGCAGGGAAGCUGGAGGCAUUUCUGGGAAAAAGAGGAGGCAAAGUGGCCUUCGUAGAGGAGAAGGCCCCUGCCCAGCAGAACAGCUAUGACUGCGGAAUGUAUGUGAUCUGUAACACAGAGGCUCUGUGUCAGGGAUACUUUAGGGGACAGCAGGAGCCAGUACUGCAGCUCCUCACUCCUUCUUAUAUCACACGGAAGAGGGCAGAAUGGAAAUCUCUCAUUGCCAAACUUGCACGCAAAUGACUUAAAUGUAAUUGUCCCUGCUUCCAACAACUACCUUUCCAGUCCUCUAGUCUCCACCCCCAGUGCCUGAGGGAGAUAUCUGUGUACAGAAUUUCUCCGCAGAAAGAAUGUAACCCCUCCAGCAUGGCUACACCCUGCACUAUCCCCAAUGAAAAGCCUUAGUCUGCUCUACAACCCACUAGCCUUCAGACUUAAGUACUGGUAACAUCACUUUUUGCAUUCAGCAGAACCUUCUGAAAGGCAGUUUUAUUACUUCAAGCACUUUUCUGGCUAUCUCAGACUAGGUUGGUGAAGAUUCCUCUCACCCCCACAGUAAGCAAUGUGCCCUCACUAUGUGAUUUUUAAUUUUCUAUGGACAUCGCUAGUCUAAAUCUAAUCCAGUUCAGUGAUGUCCAUCAUACAUACAUGUGUCCUUUUAAAAUUAGGCCGUCUCUGAUUUGUCCCUGCCUCUAAUUGUGGUUCCAAGUUAUAGGAUUUAGUAGUCUAGCUACACAACUCUGCCCAAAAAUUUGGUUUUGGGAUAUCUAUAUCUUGUGAUCUGAGAGUGCAAAAUCAAAAGUAAAGGCGAGGAUCAUUUAAAGGUGCCUCAAAAGGUAAGAAGAAAAGUGAUUUUUGCUCUCUUUUGCUGCUUUAAGGAUGUAUAACAAAGGCCUGAAUUUUUCUUGUUUUUUUUUUUAUUGGAAAUACACAUUUUUUGUAUCCUGGAUAAUUGAAUCUCUGGAAAGCUAGUAGAACAGUGACAAAACAAGUACUAAGAAAGUGAAACCUGGUUGAGAUGGAAAGUGUUUUAAACAGUGAAUAAAGGUUGUUUUCAUCAACACAUACUUAGUACAAAUAUCCUACAAAAAGUUGAGGGGGAAAAGCCUUCGAUUCCACACCUCUACCCCUCCAGUCAAGUUUUAGAACAAUUUGGAAUAUGCAUGAGACUGCCAACAACUUCUCUCGCAAAAUCCCCAAAAAACAGACUUUACAUUCCUGAUAUUUCUAAUGGAAAAAAUGAGAAUGAGAAAAGCCUUUGACCCUCUCAUACAUAAUAAAAAGCAGAACCAGGGAAGAGUGCAGUAUCUGAUUUUUAUUUUUUUUUAGAGGUGCUGAUAUCAAUGGAAGCUGCAGCUCUUCUGAAAAAUCAAGCUGUUAGUCCUUGGUAUACUUGUCUAUCAUACCAAAUAUAAAUGGCUAAUUCAAAAUAGAAAAGCUUUUGCUGCAGCACUGGAUUACAGCUGGGAUCCAAGAAAGUAGGGCCCAUUAUCAGAAGAAGGGGAUGUUGAUGGAAGAGUGAGCUGUCAGUGUAAAAUGAAGUAGUAUGAAUAUGUAACCGAGAGCCUCACUGGAGACAGUGAGCCAGUUCCUUAGCCUAUGUAAAACAGCAUAGCUCCAUUGAUUUCAACAGCGCAACCCUGAUUCAUACCAAAUGAGCAUCUGGCCCAAUGAAUUCUUCCAAAAUGCCCAGUCAAAUAAACAGAAGUGAUUGUGGGAUUGGGAGGAGGGGAGUUAAAGUUCAUUACAUUAUGAUCCUUAUUAGACUUUCCAAUGCUGACAGACUGGAGGGUUUGCCUCUGGCUCUCUGCUUUCUCUUUAUCUUCUUGAAUACAUGGGAAAAGUCAGUUCCGCUGACCUGUGUCUAAAAUCCCUGGAACUGUCUGACAAAAUAGGGUUGUUGAGUCACUUUAUGCUAAGUGCAUUGCCUAGCUGAACAGCAACAUUCUGUACUGCUUGGACAGCCUGCCAAAGUGGGUCAGAGACAGGACAGUGGGUUGGUCACUCUAAGGUACUGUAAUUUGCUUGUUUUUCUCCCCAUUCCCUAUUUGGUGGCCCUGCUGCUACCAAGAAGUAACUAACACACAGACACACAUCCUCACACAUUUGCCCUGCAGCACUGUUGUGCAGACACUUACUACUUCUAAUAUCUGUUCCAGAUUAGCUUUUCAGUCAAUACACAGAAAUACUUCUGUCUGUGGUGUGAUAUCAGCAUUAGGUCUCCCCCCAAAGAGAAUGCUUUUCCGUCUUUGAUAAUUACAGUAUAUGAUAGGAGGGGGAAAGAAAUCAAUCCACCUCCGAUUCUCUCCUCCCAAUCAGAUAUGUCACUUGGAGAAUCCCGUACCAAGAAUAAAGAAAGAUACCAAUUUAAAAAG